AGGUUCCGCCCGGCGGCGGCGGGGGGCACUGAGCAUGUCCGAACCCGCUCGGCAGCGGCCGCCGCGCCGGGGCUGCGCUCGCGCGCCGGGCGGGAAGACGGGCGCGCGGUCGGGGGCCGCGUGAGGGAGGCGCGUGUCGUCGCAGCCGCUCCUCCGCCGCCGCUCCUCCGCCGCCCCUCAGUCAACAGAAACAGCCCGUGCAGAGCAGUGCAUUCAUAGAUGUGAAACAAGCCCGCACCAUCAUGUUUGGCACUAAGAGGCAGUGAGAAUGCCUUGUCACACUUGAACCACAAGCGGAUUCUGGAUUCUCCCGCUUGGAGUCCAUGGAUGUAACCUGGCAGCAACCAAUCUAUAUGUCUUCUGUAAAUGGUCCUCCAAGGGUUUACCUGUAGCAGUGCUGUCAUGCUCCCAGGAAUAAUCACAAGAUUAAAGAAAAAGUCCCAGUCGGUGGAUAUUAGUGGGCCAGGAUGCAACCCGGUGGCAGCUGAAGCUCAGACACCUCCGCCCAGUAAAUCUUUGCUUGCCACUAAGACAGCUGCUUCUGAGGAGGAACAGAACAACACUGCAAACACCCAAAGGCGCAAUCCACGGAGGAGUGAACUGAAGAGAUAUUACACCAUUGACACUGGCCAGAAGAAGACCCCAGACAAGAAAGAUGGUCGACGAAUGUCUUUUCAAAAGCCUAAAGGGACUAUUGAAUAUUCUGUGGAAUCAAGAGAUACUUUAAACAGUAUUGCCUUGAAAUUUGAUACAACACCCAAUGAACUGGUUCAAUUAAAUAAGCUUUUCUCCAGAGCAGUCGUUCCUGGACAGAUUUUGUAUGUUCCUGACCCAGACUACAUUUCUAGUGUGGACAGCUCCCCCUCUCUAAGUCCUAUAAGUCCCCUCUCACCUACAUCUUCCGAAGCAGAGCUUGACAAGGCUACAGUAAAUGAUCCAGAUGGAGUCCAACGGAAAGAGUCAGCUGCUUCACCAGCGCAUGCAUGUGUUCGUCCUACAAGAGUGGUAUCAUCCACCUCUGAAGAGGAGGAAGCAUUUACAGAGAAAUUUCUAAAAAUUAAUUGCAAGUACAUCACUAAUGGCAAGGGUACGGUCAAUGGUGUGCUGCUAGUGACGCCAAAUAAUAUAAUGUUUGAUCCUCAUAAAAUGGAUCCUCUGGUCCAAGAGAACGGCUGUGAAGAGUAUGGCAUCAUGUGUCCAAUGGAAGAAGUGAUGUCAGCUGCUCUGUAUAAGGAAAUUGUGGACAACAAAAUUAAGGAGUCAUUAACCAUAGAUGUAGAACAGCUGUCUGUAAGGGAACUUUGCCAUUCCAAGAAAGCUGCAAAGAGCAAUACAGAUGAAAUGGAUUCCAGGGUUCAGGAUACGGGAAAUGACAGCGCUAGUACUGCCCCAAGGAGCACAGAGGAGUCUCUUUCAGAAGAUGUCUUCACAGAAUCAGAACUCUCUCCAAUACGUGAGGAACUCGCUUCCUCAGAUGAGCUUCGACAAGACAAAUCUUCUGGAGCAUCAUCAGAAUCUGUCCAAACAAUAAACCAGACAAGUGCUGAAUGUUUAACAAUCAUUUCAGACUCAAAUGAAGCUGCCAGUGACUUAAAACCCAGUGCUGAAAUGGGUGUAAAUGUUAAACAGCUUGGUAACCACAGCUUAAGUUCAGAAAGUGCUGAAACGUCUAUAAAGGGGGGGCAAGAACUUACUGAAAAUAUUGCAGAUGUUCUCCAGCAGUCUUCGCAAGGUAGUGAACAGCAUCACAAAGAUACAGAAGUGGGCAGCAAUCAAGAUUCCUCACUAAGAAAAGAACCAGGAGAGAAUAAGAUGGGAGAGGAACGUCCGUGUUGUGAAGAUGCCACAGAAUCUCAAAAGAAAGAGAAAACUACCAAAGGAAAAGUAGUGAGAGAGCGAACACGAAACUCGGAGACAGAAGUUGAGGAACUCCGCAAACUCUGGAAGACCCACACUAUGCAACAAACCAAACAACAAAGAGAAAACAUGCAACAGAAUUCACAAAAAGAAAUCAGUCAGAAAACUGGGACUGCGGGAGAUGGGCACUUAGAAGGGUCUUCUCUUACAAAAGAAAAAAGACGACAUCGAUCUCACAAGUUUCUGCGUCUCAGGGUUGGAAAACCCAUGAGGAAAACGUUUGUUUCGCAAGCAAGUGCAUCAAUGCAGCAGUAUGCACAGAGGGAUAAAAAACAUGAGUACUGGUUUGCCGUUCCACAAGAAAGGACAGAUCACUUGUAUGUCUUCUUUAUACAAUGGAGUCCAGAAAUAUAUGCAGAAGAUACUGGGGAAUCUCUUCGGGAACCUGGAUUUAUAGUGGUAAAAAAGAAGGAAGAGACUGAAACUAGUGAAGAAACUACUACUGAAGAUGCUGCUAAAGAGUGGGAGGUAGUGUCAGUGGCUGAGUAUCACCGCAGGAUCGAUGCUCUAAAUAGCGAAGAACUGCGCACACUCUGCAGACGUCUCCAGAUAACAACAAGAGAAGAUAUCAAUUCCAAACAGGCAACAAAUAUCAAAACAGACCUGGAGCCUGAAGCAUUCCGGCCAAAUCUUAGCGAUCCCAGUGAACUACUACAGCCAGAACAAAUUGAAAAGCUCACAAAGUCUCUUCCACCACGGACCAUUGGAUAUCCAUGGACUCUUGUCUACAGUACUGCAAAGCAUGGCAUGAGCUUGAAGACUUUGUAUCGAACUAUGCUGGGAUUAGACACACCUGUGCUGUUGGUUAUCAAGGACAGUGAUGGACAGGUUUUUGGUGCACUAGCAUCUGAACCAUUUAAAGUGAGUGAUGGCUUUUAUGGCACUGGGGAGACCUUUAUGUUCACUUUUUCUCCAGAUUUUGAGGUUUUCAAAUGGACAGGAGACAACAUGUUCUUUAUUAAAGGAGACAUGGACUCCCUUGCUUUUGGUGGAGGAGGAGGGGAGUUUGCGCUUUGGCUCGAUGGUGAUCUGUACCAUGGAAGAAGUCAUUCGUGUAAAACAUUUGGGAAUCAUACACUUUCUAAGCAAGAAGACUUCACUAUUCAAGACAUAGAAAUAUGGGCUUUUGAAUGAGUAUUUAAUUAUUUCUACAGGGUAUUGUCCCAAACCUGACAUGAAUCAGUGCAGCUCAAAAAUCCCUAGGAGCAAUAUAAUGCACCGUUUCACCUUUCUGACUUUUUUGUAAGUUUUCAGCGUGGCCAUCUCAUUAUUAUUUUUAAAUAGCAGACUUUUUUUCAUGCUCUCACAUCUGUAAUAUACUGUCCUACUUUUUCUACGCUGUAGGCACUCUUACGAAAUAUAGACCGUGUGGACUAAAAAUUAACGUUAGUUACUUGGAGCCUUGCAGCCUACAAAAUUUUCUUAUCCUUUUUACAGUUGCCUCCCAGGUUUCCCACACACACCUUUCUGCAAUCCUGCUAGGGGGCUGCUUCACUGAAUAUAGGUUAUUAUUUUUGUAUUCAAAUUAUGUCUAUGAAUGAAGUUGCCCUCUGUGAACCUGUAUAAGAAGAAAGCUGCGUGUGGGUAUUUGGCAGCAGUACUGUAGAAAUUGGUCCGGACCAAUGAUGGGUUAAUUCAUAUGGUGCCACAAAGAGAUGAGAAGCCUAGCAUUCCUUCUUAGCGCAUACCAGUACACACAUGGUGAAGUUAGAAGAUAUCCAAAGUCAACAGUGCCACUUGUCUUGUUUAUUGUUCAUGUUUAGAAAAAAGUCAGUUUAUACAUGUUCUAGCUGCAUGCUGAUUGUAUUAAUGAGUGUUUUGCACAUGCUGUUAAUGAUCUGCAGGUUUGGGACAAAGACUGACAAUAUUGAGCUACGUGGCAAGGACUUAUAAAAUAUUAAGGGAAUGUAAGAAUAUGAUAGUUCCACAAAGCUAAAAGGCUAAAGCAAGCAAAACUCGGUGAACAAUUUGUAGCUAUAGUAGGGCAUUAAAAGUACAGAAACAGAUGCAUCUUUCUUCAACAUAAAGUGUCAGAUAUAUACUGUUAUACUGUUGUAGCCGUGUAGCACAUCAACUCCAAGAAUAUAGCUUAUUCCUGUCCAAAGAAAAAAUAGUUGUGAUGUUUUUGAGUGGGUCUAUGUUGUAAAUUUACAGUUAGCACCAGCUCUGAUUAAAACGAGAUAAUGUACUAUAGGUAGACAAUAUUGUAAUUCCGUAGACUCGUGGAAUAUGCAAACUUACUGUCAUGUGACCUCAAAAAAAAAAUGACAGGCUAGAAUACAGUUCCAGUAGCUCUUGUCCACUUUUGUAGGAAAAUUGAUAAGCCAUUGUGGCAAUAACAGCUCAACAAAACUGUUUGUUUCAAAGCUUUUAUUCUAUGUUCUGCAAAAACAAAACAAACAAAGAAAAGAAAACAAAAAAAAAUUGCUGUUAAGUGUGACAGUGACUGACUUUGUGCUGAAAUUUCAGCUAUUUCAGAUGAACAUUGUAUAUUAUCUUGUAAAUUAAUGUUUAAAGUAGUUUUGUUAUUAUAGAAAAGUGUUGAUUGACGGGUUGCUUAUAGCACUUUAAAUUAUUCUAGAAAUGGAAUAAAAGCCAAAUGGGUUGGCUUAAGUAGAUGUAGUUGUAUAUUAUUUCAAAAUAUUUACAUCUCUGGAAAGUUUUAAAAACUUAUUUGAAGACAGUUUACUGCUAUGGUAAUGAGAAAGGGCAGAUGUUUCAUCUAUAAUAUGCUAAUGCUCAAUAUGAAUAGGAAUACAGGGCUUUGUUUCCUGUCUCUAUGUAUAGCUCUUUAUCCUUAUUAGAACUUAGUACAAUGUGUAGACUAAAUGUUUACAAAAUAAGGAACUGUAAAUAAAUUGAAAUGGCUUUUCUCCCCUUUGGUCUUCCACAGCAGUAUUAUUGUCUUUGUGGAGUUAAGACUGAUUAUUACAACAACAACAGCAAACAAAAAUCCUGUAAUGGAUUUUAAGUACUAUAAGGUCACAGUGAUGUAUAGCAAAUAAAUCUAAAUAUAUGUAAAAAUAAACUUGAGUUGGAGUUUA